UUCCCGUUGGCUGAGUUUACCACUAUUGAUGCUAGUCCUUCUAUGUCAAAGUCGAAUGUGACUUCGGGUACUGGUGUAUCAUUACCCGUGGACUCUUCGAUCCUUGUCACACUGUUUUCCACCACUAGAUAUACUCUGUUUGAUCUAUGGUUAGUUGUGCUUCCUCCGAUAUUGGCUGCAACUUUUCUCAUAUCUUGUGGACGUAUUCGUAAAGAUUUUUAG